AUGGCUCCAAGAUCUCAGAAGUUUAUUCUCCUUGUCAACUUCAAACAAGGAACCGUUAGGUCUGUGCAGCGCACUCCUAAAACCCCGCCAACUACUCCUGUCAACUCUGAUAAUCUUAAAUACUGCCCAGAUCAGGUUGUCGAGUCUGCUAUCAAACUUCUUGAUAGUAUCGAAAAGGCAAGUUCUAAGAAAGAAGGGUCUUCUAGUGCAAGCAAGGAAAGUGCAUCUAGAAAAAAGCGGUUUCUUCUGCGAAUCGUCAGGAAGCCUCACCUUAAGAUAGAGGCAUUCCAGGUCUGA